AGUAUCGCGUGAGAGGUUGUUCGACAACUCAGUCUACUUCAGAGAGCCGUUAUUAGCACUUCGCUAUUCUUUUGGACCAAUGUUACAACCCGGGUCGGGGGCUUCAACAGAGUUUUCGCACAUUUUUUGCACGUUUUGCAAACGUAUCGAAUAGGAAGGAAGUUUAUAUGCUCAUAUCGUAUCAAGGCUUAUCGCUUUGUGGCCAAGCUCUAUAAAGUUGUAUGAUUGUGUGCAAUUGCUGAAACGCAUUUGGAGCUGUGAUAUUAGCGAAUAUCAGAAGAUUUGUUUUAAAAAUAUAUUCAUGCCAUACAGCGCGGAAUAAGUGAGGUAAUAGUGAGAUUUUUAUAAAUAACCAUCAUCUGGCAUUGACAUAAAUUCGUCGAGUGAAAAGUGCAAUAAGCAAAUUAACGAGAAAGCAAAGGAUCAUCACCCGUUAGAGGCGACAAUCAUUCAAUUUUUCUAAUCCGUUCGUUGCUUCCUGAGCAUCGAUAUUCUAUAGUACAUUGCUGAUAACACGUACUCCUAUAUUUUGUGAAAGGAAUCAAUCAUGCAUUCAAUGAUGAUAAAGCGUUGUGUAUUGAUGGCGUAUUUGGAGGAGGCGUCCAAAUCAGAGGCCGACAUGAGAGACAUUGCCGCCAGGAUCUGCCGGGACUACCUGACUGGUGCCUGGAAGACCAUACCAGCGGAGGAGCUCCAGCUGAAACGUAUCAGCGGUGGUCUGUCCAAUUUUCUAUAUUACGUCAGGCUGCCAGAUCAUCAGAACGGUAGCUCCCCGAAAGCAUCGAGUCAGAGCUACAAACGGGCACGCAAAGACAGCUAUUCCAACAUGCUGGAGCCGAAGGAGGUGUUGCUUCGAAUUUAUGGUCAGACACACGGUGAAAGCGCUUUGGAGUCAAUGCUCACUGAAUCGGUUGUAUUCACGCUUCUAAGCGAGCGUAAACUGGGACCCAAACUGCAUGGAAUCUUCCCUGGUGGAAGGAUCGAGCAGUAUAUACCGGCACGUGCAUUAAUGACAUCAGAAUUAAGUGACCCAAAAAUUUCGCUCAAGAUUGCCGAAAAAAUGGCAGCCAUUCACAGUUUGGAUAUUCCCGUUUCCAAGGAGCCGGACUGGCUGUGGAACACCAUGAACCGAUGGCUCAAAAGCGUUGAGACGACGUUGGAAACUUUUAGGAAGGACCAAACUAACGGCAACAAACGGAUCGCGGGCGAUGAAAUUAUCACAGACUUGAAUCUGCGGAUGGAAGUCGAAUGGCUCAAGUCAGUUAUCGAUAAGGAAGAUCACCCCGUUGUAUUCUCCCACAAUGACCUACAGGAAGGUAAUAUCUUGCUGAGAGAAGAUUAUUCACUCCCGAACAACCCUUUGAACAAGUUCUGCACCAUGGACCAAUUCGAUGAAUCCGCGCAGUUAGACUCUCACUUUAGCUCAUUUCUAAUUUCCAAUUUUAAUAGCAGCACUACCACUUCAAAUAGCAGCAAAAUCGAAAUAAAUGGCUGUGUCGAGGCUGGUAGCGAUACUGCAAGUGGCAUCAGCGAUGGAAAUAAAAAUCCUAGGAAACGUUCGAUGGAUGAGUCCAUAGAAAAUGAGAUGGACAAUACGAGGGAUUCGGUUCUUAGCGGUAACUCACAAUCAAUGUCCGACCAAACCAGUGACGGCGAACCAGAGCUUAUGAUUAUCGAUUUCGAAUAUUGUGCCUAUAACUAUCGAGGUUUUGAUAUAGCUAACCAUUUUCUUGAAUGGACCUUCGAUUACACCAAUUCCGCGGCGCCUUACUACCAUCAUAGGCUAGAACAGUACCCCACCAGGGAACAGCAGGACAAGUUUAUUGCAGUGUAUCUAGCGAGGACCAUCGAGGACGGACAGAUGGUGGAUGCCGUAGAGAUUGAGGAAGUGCGUCGGGAAGUACAGUGCUUCACUUUAGCAUCCCAUUUGUUCUGGAGUUUGUGGGCUAUUGUGAACGUGUAUCAAGAGAUUGAGUUUGGAUACUGGGAAUACGCCAUUUGCCGUUUGAAUCAGUACGACCGAUGCAAGAAGCUGUACACCGAGCUGAUAAACAAUUCUGGGAAUCUGCCGGCUACUGAUCCGGAAAAGUAGAAUACUAUCAAAAGCCUUCUAUUUCUGGUUGUCGAUUGAUUCCUGUCCUCUUCAACCUUGUACAACUUGGUUGCGAGACCAACGGACAUAUCCGGCCUCUUCAGUAUAACACACACCCACAAUUACAAAUCCAGUAUACCUAAAUCAGCUAGCACAAAAUCAAAAGGCACGCUGGCUCACCAAUGGCUAACAUCGAAUCCAAUGAUAUUCAUUCUGAACCUUUUUCGAAAGGCCAUUGGAGAAAACGGUCUAAAAAUAGAAUGACAUGGCAACAUUAUGCUUAUCGCGGACGAUGCAUGCGCUCUGCACUCCUCUGGGCGUCAUAACAUGUAAUUGUACCAGUAUUAGUGGCCAUUACUUUGUCAACAAUGUGAGACACAUGAAAGAGUACGUCAAUACAACUCAAGAAGCGUUUAUUUUAGAAAAUAUCCAAGCAUUUCCACCAGAGUAGUAACUAUUAUUUUAUUAUUUUCUAUUUUUAAUAUAUAUUGGUAUUUAUAAUUGAACAAUGAAAAUAUAGGAUUAAAUACGCUAAAUUAUUGUAGAAAGGAAAUUUUAAUAUUGUAGGCGAGAGUUUACAGUAGCUAAAAUCUCAAUGUUUUAUUGCGGUUGUUACGAGGGAUGUGCGGUUUUAUGUAAACAAAAUAUAAUCAAUCAAAAGAUGACAGGUUUUCAAGGUAAUAAUUUAGCGCUUAUACGUUGUAGUUACGUGCAGUAAAUUAUUAGAGACUUAUCCAUGAGAACACAUUGCGACUGACGGUAGUUAGGCUUAGGAUUGAACUGUGAACAAAUCUUAAUGAUAUUUGAAACAAAGCGACUUAUUCAAGAAAGUUUCUAUUUCGUGAUGGUUAAUUGUACUAAAGAUAAUUUCAACUAGCCUAGUUAAUCAGUCCCAUACAUAUCGGAGAUUCGACCUUAACUAGAUUUAAAACGGUGUAAGAUUUUCAGAGAUUAUCGAAAACAACCUUUGUGAUGAAGUAAACAAACAGUGAAAGCCAAAUUAUAUAAAACAAAUAUUAUAUCGGAAAAUUUCACUUGCAGUCUGCUGGCUUAUUGCAGUAGCUUUUCUCUUAAUCGUACCGUGAAAAACGUGUAUCUUUGAAACGAAAUGGCUUAAUGGCCAAAGUACAUAAAAUGAAGUAUGUGAACAUACUGCGCUCCUUAUGCGAUAUUUAACUAGUACUAAAAUAAGCUAUAUGUGUACCAAUUUUGAUGCUAAAAUUUUUAUUUUUCUCAAUAAAGUUACAAACAUA